AUGUAUCCGUACGUCCCCGCCCACGUGCCGGAGAGCGACGUGAAGGAGGUGCGCACCGUCUUUCUUGUACACAUGCCACCGCAGAUGAUGCUUACCGUCACGCACCCCGACGUGCAGCUCGUCGCGGCGCCGCUCUUUGACCUCUACGAGAACACGGCGAAGUACGGUCCGCUCAUCGCGUCCAUCCCGACGCUGCUCUCGCGCGUGAACAUAAAUUACUGCAAGUAG